CUUCACUCACCACUUUCGCCUUAACACACCACCCAGACAACAUCUUUCACCCUUUCGCCUCCACUGUCCUCCGCUCAAUAGCGCGACACUAUAUACGACAAUUUCUGCCAGUGUAUUGCACUUUUUGUAUGCAGCAAGCUUGUCCGAUUCGCUACCCUCUGGCCACCUAACACCUUUUUUCACUCGGCGCGACUGCGGCCCAGGUGGCACCUGUUCCUGUUGAUUGGAAGUCACCUAUCCUUCUGUUAGCAGUUUCCUUCUUGAGCAGCUUAGCGCCGCUUCCCUUACCGCUCGUGUUAUUCAGUACCUGAUAUCCAAGGCAACCUCAGCCAUUAUUCACUAUGGCUGACGACCUCGACGCCGAGCUCCUCGCUCUUGCGGGAGAUUCCUCUGACGAGGAGGCAUCCCCCGCCUCUAAGGAGAGAGUCACAUCUCCCACUCGUUCAUCCUCCCCCCAGUCUCCAAACACAUCAACAACCAUGGGUCGCAAAGGUACUGCUAGGCCCGUCAAACGAGGCCGGAAGUCGCGAAGAAACGAUGAGGAGGAUGGAGAAAUAUCAGCUGCUGAGUCGCUCGACUCUGCUAGCAUGUCUGAAUCAGACUCUGGAUCAGAUUCGGAAGGCUCUGCCCCAGAAGCUGAAGACGAAGGCCCUAUAUUCCCUUACGAGAAACUCUACUAUUCGGUUAAGGACAAAGAGGAGAUUAUGGCGAUGCCCGAGAUCCAACGGGAACAGAUCCUCUCUGAGCGUGCGCAACAGGUCGAUCGCCACAACCAGGACCUCGCACUUCGUCGCCUUUUAGCCUCCCGUGAACGCGAAGAAGCUCGCAAGGCGAAGAAGAACAAACGCAAGGCCAGUGUGGCAAACCUGGAUGAGGGCAACCGCAAGAGUUCGCGACAGAAGAUGACGCUUGGUGGCCGGAAAGUCGGAGAAACUUCAGAUGCCAUCGAGGCCUACAAGCGCCAACGAGAGCAGAAGGGCAAACGCGAUGAGCUCCGCCGCCGUGAACCAGUCAAGGAUCAGAAGGCACGUUCUCGAGAUGACAGGAUCUCCGACGAAGAUGCAGAGGGCGAGAGUGAAGUCGAGUGGGAUGAUCGGGAACGCUCCCCAUCGCUGCCUAAAGACGAUCCACCUGUCGAACUUAGGGACAUUCAGCGUGCUCGUGUGGGACGAACUAAUUUCGCCCAAGUCUGCUUCUACCCAGGAUUCGAUGACGCGAUCUCCGGAUGCUAUGCCCGUGUCAAUAUAGGCCCGAACCGUGAAACCGGCCAAAAUGAAUACCGCCUUUGCUUGAUUAAGAGAUUCACUGAGGGGAAGCCUUAUGCUAUGGAAGGGCAAAACGGCAGGUCGUUUGUAACGAACCAGUAUGCUGUCCUGGCACAUGGAAAGGCUGAGCGCGAGUUUCCCUUCGUCGCUUGCUCCGACUCCCCGUUCACAGAGGCAGAAUUCAAUCGGUAUCGUCAAACCAUGGCCGUCGAAGACUGCAAGAUGGCCACGAGGUCGGCGGCGGCCAACAAGGUAACGGAUAUUAACCGCUUACUCAAUCACAAGUUCACAAAUGAGGAAUUGAAUGAGAAGUUACGCAAGCAAGGCUCGUUGGAUACCAAGUCUAAGUUCUUCAGACGCGUGGAAACGGAAAAGCAACUGAAGCUUGCUAGAGCAGCUGGUGAUGAUGCGGAAGCUGAGAGAUUGGAGGGUGAACUAGCUAGCAUGUCGACACCGAAAGUUGCCCUUAACACUGGUGUCUCCAAGCCACGUGCGGACAAGCCGUCUGAGCAUGAACGUCUUGCUGAACUGAACCUGCGCAACCAGAAGCUCAACUACGAGAACGUGCGUCGUGCGCAACUGGAAGAGCGCAAGGCAAGUCGUAAAGCAGCAGCAGCAGUUGCUCGUGGAGAAGCCACCCUCAAUCCGUUUAUGCGCGUCAGAACCCAAGCGAGGACUCAUUACGACGUCAAUGGAAACGGUUCGACACCGAAGCCGGACAGUAACGCUAGUCAGGAUAACACUGCUUCUGAGACACCAUCUAAAGCAAGUACCCCUGCCCGCAGCGCCACCCCCGCGAGCACUCAAAAGAGAACCAGCAAAGGUGGCGUUGCGUCCAUCAGGCACCGGAACAUGGAUGAUGAGAACAUUGCGGCCUUGGAUCUGGAGCUCGAUAUCGAGAUUUGAUCAUAGGGAAGUACGAUUCUGGACACAGUUCCAAUAGCAUCAUACACACAGCAUAUGCGUUCUAGCCGACGGCUUCUGAUGGAAACGGCACGAUUUUGUUCUUCGGGAAGCAUUUGAGACAGCGUCGGUUUGUAUUUCAUAUGGGGCGGUGUUAAUUGGCGUAACGAGACACAUCCUGGGGCGCUGCAUCAUAAAGAAUAAAGCAGUUUUAUUCUCUUCCAG